UUUCAGUAGAUUUGUUUUGUAGGUUUUGUGAGUUGUGAGACGUUUUCUUGUAAAGUUUUUAUACAAAAUGGACCUGAAUUUAGAUUUUAUGCAUAUCCCACGGGAUCCACCGAGUGCUUCAAAGUUUAUUGUGGAUUUGUUAUUUAGCAAGAUAUAUCCACUAAUAAUUAGAAUACGAACACGCUUACAAGCUGCUACAGAACAAGAAGAGGAAGCCACAAAUAUUCUAAAUGUGUUUACUUUGUGCUGCAGUCAGAUUAAGAAAUGUGUACUCAACUUCUUUGAUAUCUUCAAACAAGAAAAUCAAGUAGGAAUAUUGCUACAGGAAAGUCGACAAUGCACCAUAGAGAGGUUAUCUUGGUGUGUCAACAGACUUGUGGUGGUUGAAGACAAGUUAAAAGAUUUGGCGCAGAUUACUCUAAAUGACAUUAGUUGUGAAGACUCUCCAUUCACAACUCCCAUGUACUUUGUCAAUUGGAUGGAUCAUACUUUUGAAACUCUUUCUAAGCUGGCUGAAAUUAUUUACAAAACUGAUUACAAAGAGAAUGUUGAGCUGUAUUUUGAAUGGAAAAUCGAACUAUUAGACUGCAUGCGGGAGCUACACUCCGCUCUGGACGAGCUGCUGCUGUCUGCUAUGACACUUUGCAAGUAUUGCCUGCCGUCAGACCAGAUAAUAGUGAAAACUCGGUGUCAAGUGGUCCUAAGAGAAGCUAAAGUUUUAAUAAAUGAAGUCAUUGAAGGUGAUACAGAUGGAAAAUUCAGUGCCACAGUAAACUCACUGAAACUACCAAUCUUGCCAACCAAUGUAAAUGUCUCAAUCGAUGUCCUAAAGGAUGUCCUGUACGUUUUGGAGACAAAUACAAACACUGCUUUGCUAGCACUAGUUGUUCACUGCUUUAGUAACAGUGUCUCUCCUGUUGACAUAGUGAAAAGACAUUUUGUGAAUACAGAAGGGUGUCCAUGUCAUGAUACUAGUGAGGACAAUAUUGUAGAAGAUUGUGAAUAUGUAAAAGAGUUUGAUCUCUACGGUGAGAGGCUUUUGCAAAUUGGGUCUUUUGCAGUAUCUUGUUCUUCAGAUCAGGAGAGAAUAGUAUCUCUAAGAAGCGGCCUGGCAAGUCUAGAAGCCCUGGACCCUCACCUGGUGCCGGCAUUGAUGCUGUCUUCUGGUAGUUGGCAUGCUGAAUUUCUCACUGACUCCUGGCGUAAGGAGGUACAGGAUAUAAAGGACAGUGUUUUCCUGAUUGUGGACCCAGCUGCAUUUGCAGAGAAAUCAAAACAGAUGAUGCACCAGACCCUGCUGCAGCUUUUCAACACGAAGAAGUACGAAGGUAGCGCUGUGUGCAGUGUGAUCAACCUUGGCGGCGUGCUUCGUGACUUUUUUGACGUCUACAAAGAACAUGAGCCUGAAGCGCUGUCUUGUCAAGAGGUUUUACUGCUAUUGCUGGCUGACUUGAACAAAGCUCUUCAGGAGUGCAAGGUGGUCAGCAACCUUUUCUGCUCAAAGGACGAUUAUUCGUAUGACGUAAAAAAACCCACGCCCAACAAAGAGGUCUCUCUGGAGCAGCUUUUUAAACGUCUAAAACUACUGUACACACUGGUUAAUAGAAUAAACCAGUUGCUUCAUCCAGACGAUAAUGAUGACCAGUUCUUUAAAUCGGAGAUAGCAGAAGAGCAGGCGACCAUUCCGAAUGUCACGUAUACAAUGAGCCCUGUAAUUAGCAACACUUAUGUUAGCUCCCCAAAAAAUAUACCUUGUAUGACACGUAGCGUAUUUGCUAAAACUGCCAAUAUAAGAACACCAGCAAUGAGAUAUCCGUUGAAGAAAUUAGUUAAUCAAAUUAAAGCUCAAAAAUGUUACGAGCUAAAUUUUUCCAUACAGCUCGACGCGAUGUUUAACCUGUCUGAAUUUGAAACCGACCAAAAGGAAAAAGCCGAAGUACAUAAAAACUCGAUUUUGUACAAUUUCUCACCCAAAAAGAACAAGUCGUCUCUAAGAAAAAUGGUUCUAAAUAAGCGCUAUAACUUGACUUCUGAGAAACAGCUGGAAAAUAAAAGCUUGAAGAGCGAAGUGCUCUUCAAAGAGAGUCUCAUGGACGACACAACAAGCUUACAGAUUUCAGAAAUUCUUGACCAAAUGCAUGACAUGACGAAACUUCUCUCCAAAACGAAUUCGCGAGUUAAUCGCACAGGGCCCAUUUCAACAAGGAACACCAAUCGAAAUACAUCACUAUCUAAAUACUUGCGCAACAUACCGCCUAAUGCCAGUGCCCUGGAAGUAGAAGUGCGUUUGGACGACACUGAGGCGAUUGCUACUAAUGCUACGGUGCCAUCCGACGUGUCAACGUUAGAGAGACUGAAGGAUUUGAAUCGUGUUGAGAACAAAUUGACAAAUCUGAAGCUAUUGCAUAAGGAAACUCGUCUGUAAUUAAGGACAUCGCUAAUACAACAACAUCGAAAUAGAAUAGGUAUAAGAUUUUUUUAUAAUCUGGAUUCAUAUCGCACGUAAAAUGUGUCGAGCGUGUAUUCAAGUUAAAUCCGGAUAUUGCCGGUAGCUAAAGCAGGUAGGUACCCUACGCUGAAAGUUCGUUAGGAUGACGGAUGACAGUAGGCGAAAAUUAUAACAUCGUCUGUCGUUUCCAUUUUGGGGAAAGUGUAAGAUUUUAAUCAUAUUGACAACAAAUUGCAUGACCAACGUGAAGUUAUUGCACACGAUUGUAAUUUAGGUUGAUUAUUCAUAUCGCAGACAAAAGUUUCAUUCCUCAGAAUUUAUACUUCCUGAAAUCCUGAACAAAAAAAAACCAUUAUAUACCUAUAAAAAAAACAUGACAGAUUAUUUUCAUACACUUUUCAUAUACAUUUCUUAUAAAAUGAUUUCUGUAAAAUAAUAAUUUUACCUAAUUAGUAUGUAAUUUAGUAUAUUGAUCAUCUUCCUAACUUUGUCCCGGCUUUUUGCACGGCUCAUGGUAGCUGAACUUCCAACCCAGAGGGGAAAUUAGGCCUUAUUGUGAUUAGGUACUUCGAUUUCCUCACGAUGUUUUUCGAUUAUAGAAAAGAGACUGGUAACUAUCAAAUAACAUGUCGUACAUAAGUUGCGAAAAACUUGUUGGUACGAGCCGUGGUUUGAACCCGCAACCUCCGGAUUGCAAGUUACGUUACCAGCGCUUUUUUAUUUAGUAUAUAUUAUUGAGACAUAGAUAAAUAAGGCCCACUUGCACCAUCCCACUAACCCGGGGUUAAGCGGUUAAACCGUUAAUCCAGUGUCAAAUUGUACUGGUAACCAUGGUCACUUCAGCUUUAACCGGUUAACCUCGGGUUAGUGAAUGGCGCAUGUGGCCCUAAGUAAGCUUAGAGUGCUCACUUCAUACAUGAAUUUCCUAACUUAAUAAUAAUAAUUGUGUCGCUUAACUUCAAACUCGGGUAAAUCCAUUCGACCCUCUCGGCAAAUCGCAUUAAUCUGACAGAUGGAUUCACCCGAGUUUGAAGUUAAGCGACUCAAUUAAAAUGGAAGGUGUGGUUAAAUUUAUUAUUGAUAAGUUUUAAAAUUCCUUAAAACUUAAUACUCACUAAGCUUGAAUCGAAUCAUUAAUAAGUUUUCGCUAGACUUAUUAAAACUUAUUAUAAAAGGGUUUUUAUCUCUACAUAUUAUGUAUGGAGUGAACACACUAAGCAUACUUAUUUCUUUAUGAUUGAGAUUAGGUAUAAUUUAUAAGUUUAUAUUUUGAACUAAUAAUUAUUUAUAAGAUGCACAAUCGCUAUGUCUAUACGCAAUUCGUUGCAACUAAUUUAAAUGCAGACCUGUGAUAUAACCUAAUUCAAAUAGUCAAAAAUAACACUCAGAGAUCCAACUACAACUAAGCAGUAUUAUAAUAUUAUUGUUACAUUUGUUACGGAUUACUACAAACUCAUAAAAUGAAGUAAAGCGGUAAAUCAUUUGCUGUUUUCAAAGAAAUAAGAUGCAACGCUUAUAUUUGUCAAACAGUUCCAUCCAAGUAAAGAGGUAGCCUCCGGCCCAGCUUUUGCCGUGUUGUUCGACAGAGCGAUCGUGCACAAACACAUAGAAAGGUCAGCCACGUACGAGUAUCUACCGCGAUGCUUUUACAUUGUCGCGAACGAGAGAAGGCGGGAUUCUACCACUGUGCGGCACUGUGCAGCACAAGCAUUUUUGUAUGUACUGAAUAUGCUUGUGCCGCACAGCAGCAUUAUAUCUCGUCAUUUAAAUAUAAGUUAGUUAUUGUAUUAUAUAUACUUAAUACCUUUAAGAGUCCACAGCAAGCUCGGCCGAAUUUCACCUUCCCAUACAAACGGAGUUUCGUUCUCAUUUUAAAACUACGUGUUGGAUUGUAAUGAAACUUUGCACAUACAAUGACAUGAGGUAUAUCUAAUAUAUCUAUGUCUGUAAUUAGUUCAUAUAGCUCAAGCUUAUAAAACAAACGAAAUAGAGCAAAAACAAGUUUUGUAUGAAAAACUUAAAUUAGCUGUAUUUUUUUAACUGUGGUAUCUGAAGCUACAUAAACUAAUUACAGGCAUAGAUAUACCUCAUCCUAUUGUAAGUACUAAGUUUCAGAGCAAUUUAGCUAGUCGUUUUAAAAUGAUAGCGUAACUACGUUUGUAUGGAGAACCGAGCUUGCUGCGGACUUGGGUUUUAAAAUCGUAAGAAAAUGAAUUCCGUCCGCAUAAUAGUGUGGUUCGUCCCGUACCGUCAAAGAUAGAUAUAACUCCGUAAUAGAUGGAUACAGUCUAAGGAAAAAACGUGCCUCGAAAAUCAAGAAAAAUUG